AUGGAGGGCGCGGGCAACUGGAGCGCCGCCGGGGCGGCGAACGGCAGCGCGGGGGCGGAGGAGGAGGGCGGCAACCGCACCGCGGGGGCGGGGGCGGCCGGGGCGGCGGGCCCCCCGCGGCGCGACGAGGCCCUGGCGCGCGUGGAGGUGGCGGUGCUGGGCCUCAUCCUGUUCCUGGCGCUGAGCGGCAACGCGUGCGUGCUGCUGGCGCUGCGCACCACGCGCCGCAAGCACUCGCGCCUCUUCUUCUUCAUGAAGCACCUGAGCAUCGCCGACCUGGUGGUGGCCGUGUUCCAGGUGCUGCCGCAGCUCCUGUGGGACGUCACCUUCCGCUUCUACGGGCCCGACCUGCUGUGCCGCCUCGUCAAGUACCUGCAGGUGGUGGGCAUGUUCGCCUCCACCUACCUGCUGCUGCUCAUGUCGCUCGACCGCUGCCUGGCCAUCUGCCAGCCGCUGCGCCCCCUGCGCCGCCGCACCGACCGCCUGGCCGUGCUGGCCACGUGGCUGGGCUGCCUGGUGGCCAGCGCGCCCCAGGCGCACAUCUUCUCCCUGCGCGAGGUGGCCGACGGCGUCUUCGACUGCUGGGCCGUCUUCAUCCAGCCCUGGGGACCCAAGGCCUACGUCACCUGGAUCACGCUCUCCGUCUACAUCGUGCCGGUCGUCGUGCUGGCCGCCUGCUACGGCCUCAUCAGCUUCAAGAUCUGGCAGAACCUGCGGCUCAAAACGGCGGCCGCGGCGGCGGUGGGGGCCGGGGCCACCCCCGGGGAGGGGGCCGCCGCCCUGGCCCGGGUCAGCAGCGUCAAGCUCAUCUCCAAGGCCAAGAUCCGCACGGUGAAGAUGACCUUCAUCAUCGUGCUGGCCUUCGUCGUGUGCUGGACGCCCUUCUUCUUCGUGCAGAUGUGGAGCGUCUGGGACAACGAUGCGCCCAAGGAAGCCUCGGCCUUCAUCAUCGCCAUGCUGCUGGCCAGCCUCAACAGCUGCUGCAACCCCUGGAUCUACCUGCUCUUCACGGGCCACCUCUUCCAAGAACUCCUGCAGCGCCUCCUCUGCUGCUUCUCCAGCCGCCUGACGGGCAGCCGGCCCGGGGAGACCAGCGUGGUCAGCAAGAAGAGCAACUCGUCCACCUUCGUCCUGAGCCGCCGCAGCUCCAGCCAGAGGAGCUGCUCCCAGCCCUCCUCCGCGUGA